AUGCUACCGUCGCAGUGUCCAAGAAAGCAAAGCCCCCUCCUGACCAGUUAUACCAUCCCUUUCCCCGACCCCUACCUUGCUUGCCCUUCCCUUCCCUUCCUCUUUACCCGGGGUUGGCCCGGCGCUGUCAUACCAGACUUUGCUCUUCUUUGGUUCACGCGGGUUCGGAUAGUAGUUUCGAUCCUCCAACUCCCCGAGGCCCCCCUCCCCGCCCACAUCAGAGACCCCAUAGACUCAGCCAGCGACGCUAGUCAGAUCAACGAGAAUCGGCCUCGAUUUGUCUCGUCACUAACACCCUGUGCCUUUUUGGAUAACGAAGCUGAACUGCUGAAGCCAAGAACCCACGUACUCCGUAAGGCCAGCGGUUGCUCCGGUUCGAUGGCGCUAAACAUUUGGGAAAAACAAAUUCCCGAGCAGGGCCGCGUAUGUUUUGUGAGGUUUAGUGAUAGUCCACCAACAGACAUUGUAAUCUUAAAACCCUCACUGUCAUCGUCCUUCAACGAGAUCUCCGAAUCAGUCACCCGAAAAGAAAUCAUAGUGGCUCGGGAGGUAAUAGGAUGUACUUUAUAUUCUUCAAUGCCGUGCCGUGUGAAGCGAACACACAGACCGCAGCGUAGAAACAAUGAAGUCAAGAAAAAGCCCACUCCAGCCAACUCUCACCCCCAGCCAGGUGUCACAUCACACACUUUCUCAAUCUCACACUUCAGCCGCAUUGCGGUUGCGGGAAGGGAUGGGAUCAGGAACGGAAAGGCAAAAAAAAAGAAAGGAUGGGAUGUCAGCCAAGUCAGUCAGUCAGCCAGUCAGAGUCAGGGCCAACGCUCGGGCUGGGGUCUCCGAGACGUAAGAGAGACAAUGGUUGGCCGCAUGACUUUCAGCACCCACGGCUAUUUUGCCGUGGACAAAAUCAAUCUGGCCUCUUUGGACUCUGAAGAGAGAUUCUGGGUUCCAUCGGUCAACCAUAGUGAGAGAGAAACUGAGCACCACCAACUCUCUGACACCUUUCUGCAGCGUCGAUCAUCAGCCUCUUUUUUUUUUUUUUUUUUUUCUCCGGGCUGGUCUUCCUUGGUGUCAAUCAUUGCCGUCUUCCGCCCUACCGCAUCCUCUUUCGCCGCACUUCUCUCCGAGUCCCAACAGGAGUCACCUGGAUUGCUAGAUCCAUGGAGGAAAUGGGAAGCCUUCCCCCCUCCCCUCCUCUUCCACUCCCACCCUGUGUUGCGAUCGGCGGCUUUUCCGUCCGGUCCCAAGCCUCGAAGUCAACGUACCUUCUAUUCCGAAUACGUGUGA